GGACUAAAUCUAAGUUGAAUGUUUCCCUUGAAUUGGCAGUGCAGUCAAUGGAAGCACCUUUUAAAUCGAGCUCUAUUCUUGGUUUCCAGUCAGAUUGCAGGGCACACAUCAGGUAAUGCAAAACAUUCUGGAAAUCAAAGCAACAGGGUAAUCAAUUGGUCAAGGCACAGUUGCCACCCCAUCUUCAAUAUCUUCUGGUUUCCAGAAUUCGUGUUAUUUUAUUCCCUGAUCUGGUAGGAAUAGAGGGAAGCCAUUCAUCCCCUCGAAUCUGUUCUGCCAUCAAGAUCGUGACUGUUCUCUAUCUCCAUCCCAUUCACCUACCUUUGUUCCAUAUCUCUUGAUACCCUCACCAUACAAGGAUCUAUCUAUCGUAGCCAUAAGCACUCAUUGCUGAGCUGAUUUUUGCUAUCCUGCUCUGAUCAUCGUGAUAUGGCGUGAGUCAGCCGUGACUCGCGUGUAGGCUGCUCUCAGCCCCCACUUGGUCCCUGUAGCUUCCUCCAGUUCGAAAUUUCAAUUGUCCCAUUAACUCCUUGCGUUCCCCCUCCGUCUCGUAACUCUCCAUUGCUCUGAUUCCCAGCUGUUUGAUAUUUGCUCCUAUUUGUGGUAGCCAGGGCUGUUUUUAUUACUUAUAGUGCAGAGGUGCCUCGAGGGCAUUAAUGGUGUAGGACUGGAGUCACGCCAGACUGGGUAAGGUCCGGAGAAAGGACCCUGCCACCCACUUGGAUGUCUUUAAGGUUAUAGGUUUCUGGUGCCAAAUUGCUGGAUUUUAAGAAUUCACGAGCUGCCGUGGUGGGAUUUGAACCCAUAACCUCUGGGGCCCCUCCGGGUUAGUUGACAGGUAUGUCUGAAAUGAAGCUGCUAGAAAGUGGGCCGCUGAAUCUGACAUGGCGACCUGGCUUGGAUGCAGCCGGCCAGUUGAGGAUACCAUUCGGGAAAGCCUGGGUUCUCAGUUCUUGUGGAAGGGUCAUGAGGACUCGAAACGUCAACUCUUUUCUUCUCCGCCGAUGCUGCCAGACCUGCUGAGUUUUUCCAGGUAAUUCUGUUUUGGUCUGGGAUUUUAAUACCAAUUUCUAUUCCGCCUUGCUGCUUGGUGAGUGGGAGGACUUGCAGUCACCAAGCCGCCUUGUGGAGCACGACGUCAGUGAGUGGCCGUGAACGGCAGGGGGAGGGAGCAAGGCUCCUUAGCUUUCAGUUUCACUUCCUGUGUGCGUGGGUUGGCUUUACUCUAUAUCAUGUGAUAGGGAUGGGAGUCUCUCAGCUGCUGUUUGACAGGAACCAGCCGGCACGGAUCCAGGCAGCUCUGGCAGGACUCUGAUCUGGGUAGCCUCAGCGCUGGUAGGGCCCAAUCGAAAGUGUGUUCUCUCGUCACACCUUUGCAACCUGGGCCUUGUCCGGGAAUGGAUCGGAGGAGUAACUCAGACCUGGCUUCACUAAACUUCAGCAUGGCACUUAACAGCAGAAGUCACUGGGCUGGAAUCUAAAGUGUUGAAUGGUUCUGAAGACGAGGCGUGAAAAGCACGGACAUCUCACCGGCUUGUGAGGCAGUCUCUCAGAAGCAGCCAAUGGCUGCCGUCAGGUUCCCACUGGGCAAAGGAGUGAAGCGGAAACGCCAUGAAGAUGAUGGUGGUGGGCAACCUGCAGCAGAGUGUGCUCCGCAAAACUUCCACUGCGGCACGCUGCUUGACCUCUCAUUACUCAAACUGCACCAGAACUGUGUGCUGGCAGAGCGCAACCUACACCGCUCAGUGCUGAUCGCCAACACCCUGCGCAGGCUGCAAGCGGAGAUCCACCGGGACAGUGGCCGCAACGAGGUGCCCACUGCCUGUUUGGAGCCAGCACAGCCACCAGAGCAACUUGCCAGUGGUGCCAAGCAGCUGGGGCCAGUCUCAAAGCCAGUAGCGGAGACCACCACUGACCUGAACAAUAACCUCAGCGGGGCACCAUCGCCAAGUCUUACAGAGGUGCCCUUCUCCCUCCUUUCGGGUAAUGACAGCUCACUGUCCUCCGCCAUCUCCACCAUCCUCCAAGACCUGGAUUUUGUGGAGGAUCUGAGCCCUCCACCAGGCCAGGUUCCUCCUGAAGAUGACCACCUCUUGCCACUGAAGCCAGCAAGCCUGGACCCCCGAGCAGAGCCCAGGCCCCCCGACUCCAUCUUUGCAGCCUUCGAAAUCGCCGACUCUGAUGACUUCCUCAUCGACGGCUCCCUCGACGCGAUCUUCGAGGACAUUGACACCUCCAUGUAUGACGCCCAGCAGGGCCUCUCCCCUGGGGCCUGUCCCACCAGCCAGCCUAUCAAAGCUUCGCGAGGCUCCCCUUCAACAAAGCCCCACAACAGCCGGAUGGACUUCACUGAGCUGGAGAAUCUGAUGGACCUCCUUGUUGGUUGACGAUUUGUGCAGGGGGCUUUAUUCUCUAUAAUUUGUAGACUUUGAAACAUUAACUGGUGUUUCUGGAAAACUGCAAGACUUGCACAAGAAUUCUUUGGGCUGCAGUUACACCCCUUCUCUCUGUCUUUUUCUCUCUCUGUCUUUUUCUCUCUCUGUCUUUUUCUCUCUCUGUCUUUUUCUCUCUCUGUCUUUUUCUCUCUCUGUCUUUUUCUCUCUCUGUCUUUUUCUCUCUCU